AUGCCGCUUACCUUUCCAUCAUCAGUUGCCAAGAAAGUUCGUUUGGCUCUGUUACAUAAAUGUAAUAGUAGUCGCAAACGACGCGAUGAUAUAACUACUGUUGAUUAUAGCCAUGGAAAUUUAUCUUGCGUGCCAGAAGAUAUCCUUCAAUAUGAAAAUACAUUAGAAGAACUUCAUUUAGAAGCUAAUUGCCUUCAAGAAUUGCCCAAAUGGCUUUUUCAAUGUCACGCUUUGCGUCAUUUGAUUUUAUCAGAUAAUGAACUGGAUUGUUUACCACCAUCGAUUUCCAGUUUGACAAGUCUAGAGCGGUUAGAUUUAAGUCGAAACGAUUUAACAGCACUACCUGAUAAUAUUCGUUAUUGUAAACAAUUAACAGCCGUUGAUUGUAGUUCGAAUAGAUUAGAAAGAUUAUGCGAAGGAUUGACGAUGCUGGUGAAUUUACACGAAUUGUAUCUUAAUGACACUCUAUUAGAAUUCUUACCUGGUAACUUUGGACGUUUAACAGAAUUGAAGAUCUUAGAAAUGCGUGCAACACGAAUGCGAUUGUUACCUGUCACAUUGCCAAAAUUGACCAAACUCGAACGAUUAGAUUUAGGUGCUAAUUCUUUCAUUGAAUUUCCUAAUGUUUUGACGAGUCUUCCAUCACUACAAGAAUUAUGGCUCGAUUCGAACAAAUUAAUAUCAAUUGAUAAUUCAAUUCAUCAAUUAGCGAAUCUCACAUUUCUUGAUCUCUCACAAAAUCAAUUAACAGAGUUACCGAAUUCAAUUGGUUUUUGUAAAUUAACGGAUUUACAUAUUUCUGAUAAUUUUCUUACUACAUUUCCGGAAACUAUCGCUAAAAUGACCACACUGGAAAUUUUAACAGCGAAUAACAAUCAGAUUGAACAUUUGCCGAAUGAGCUAGGAAAUAUGGCGUCAUUAGUUGAAUUACAUCUAUCAUUCAACAAUCUGACUUCAGUGCCAACGAGCAUUGGUUUAUUACGUCGUCUUCAAUUUCUUGCGUUAGAUCACAAUCAAAUUCAAUCGAUACCUGCUAGUAUCGGAAGUUGCUCAAGUUUAAGUGUACUUUCAUUACGUUCGAAUUGUUUAAUACAAUUACCUGAUGAAAUCGGACGUCUUUCGUUACUGAAAGUUCUCAAUGUUAGCGGAAAUUUUCUUCAAUAUUUGCCAUUUACACUGUUGAAAUUGAAGAACUUACAAGCAUUAUGGAUGAAUGAGAAUCAAGCAAAACCUCUGAUUGCUUUCGAGCAAGAGCGCCAUCCAUCCAGUGGACAGCGUAUUCUUACCUGUAUACUUUUACCACAAACAGAUCCUUCGAUGAAUCGAUAUACAUCAAAGAGUCGUUUUACUAAUGAUCAACCAAUUGAUUAUUCAGAUCGUUUGACGACUCUUCGUUUUGCCAAUGAUACUAUCGAUGAACCACACAAUCUCGUUCGUAAUCCAACACCAUAUCCGAAAGAAAUGCGAGCAUUUGCAAAUAUUCUUCGAAACUAUAAUCAUAAUAAACAACGGCAAAUAAUUCAAUCACCCAAGAAACAUUCAUCAUCAUCGAAUUUAUUGAUGGUUUGCGAUGAUGUUCCAACAAAUGAAACGUGGACUCAACGCGCCAAUUCCGCGUCAGUUGGUUCGAUGAAUUCGGACCCAUUGUGUUGUCCACUAGCACAAAGUCAUGACGAGUUGUUGUGUAGUACGAGUCCGUUAGGGGAACUGGGAAUAAAUCGUCCCGAUCUUUUACCUGGCCAAAUCAAUGAUCUCGAUGAGAUUAAAAGUAAUCAUUCGUUCUAG